CUUGCCAAAGCGUCUCAGGAAAUGGAAUUUUCCUUGAGUAACUGCAGCCUCGCGCCUCCCAUUUAUCCGCGAUAGUUGUAGGACAGGAUCAUUUGAACCGAGUCUAUCCCUCGGAGACAUUCGUCGCAGCUGCCAAUGAAACCUAGAGCGUGGGUGUUCUCUAUCGAUACCUAGGAUUCUGGGGGUAUCCCCCAUCGGUUCCCAAGUGUUCUCGAUUGGUUUUAUCGGAUUUCACGAAGCCAACGUUGACCUUAUUAGUUUCUUCGACUUGCUCUUAUUAGUGUGAUGGACACCAAUUUGGGUUAUAGAAGAUUAAGAGGUUGUCCCUAUAUUGGGCAUUUUUAUUGAAUCCUAGAUAUUCACAAAUUGUCUCUUCCAGGUUCCUCAAGUUUUGUUUUCCUGUUUAUCAAGGAUCCUUUUUAUCUGUACGACUCUAAGAUCCCCUAUCAUCGUGUAUCAAUUAUACUUUAUAGCUACAGUUAGAAACUUGUACUUGUGAAAACUCACCCUCCAAUUUACAUCCCCCAGGUGUCUAUUAAUGGUUUCACCCUGAAGUUCAGAUUAGAAGCAAAACAAUUUGAGAUAUAUAGUCCUUAACUUUGCUGAUGGGGCUGAAACUUUCCUAUCGAAAUUUACGUGUCCAUGAGUUAUCCUCGAGACCUUGAACUUCGAUCGUUGUCUCUUAGGAAUCUCCCAAGCUUUACUCGGUUUAUCAAGUCUGCAGCUAUUCCCUAUCACGUCCAAACAGUCCUCGAUUGCCUACACCGAAUUCCCAAGAGCCUGAUAUUGCCUUAUUGGGUCCGAGGAGUCCUCUGCGUCUCCCGUGAUCAUGUUGAAGAUCCAUGACGCGAGUCUCUACGAGGAGACGUUUCUAUCGCUUAUCUACCGUCCCUAUCGUGUUUCGCGAAUUCAGGAUCGCCUUUCUCGCAUCCCCUAUCGCCCUUUCACGAGGAUUUGCUGUCUUCGAUGUCAAGUCUCGCGAGCGAUCCACGUCUUUAUCGUGCCUGGAAGUCGUCGACGCUUUGCUCGAUGAUUUUAAUGUAUGCAAAACGAGUGUAAAUUGAUCGAAGAUAUAGAAAUGAAUUUCUUUCGAUAUUAAACGCUGUUCCUGGAUCCUCUAUUGAAUACUCGUUGCACGGUUUUCCAAUUCACCGAAUACUCGGUACGUUUAAUAGAGAUUAAGGAAUGACAGGAGCUCAUUAAUCACAGAUGUCUGCGAGAGAUUCGUGCGAUUUAAAUCUCUCCAGGGAAUUAUGUAAAGUCGACUUAUCCGUUCCAUACAGGGCUUUAAAACUGCUGGAUGAAUUUGAUUAACGAACCGGUCGAUUCUAUUUUUACCCUGAUUACGAACGCCAGCACAUAAUUUGAAACUAAUAUGCAGUGACUGUUUCACCGUUACUUCCCAGAACACACUAGUUAACGUGACAUUUCGUUGUUUACUUUAAUCGAUGGGAACACACACUGCUGUGUCAAUUAUUUCAAACUUUAUCGUACAGAAUGUAAUACUAGCACAGCUGCCAUUGUUUACCAUGCAAGAAUCGCGCGCCACGUUGUAACAGAGUUGGGCAAAAUGUAAUCAAGACACCGGAUAAUAAUAACUGUAAUUACCAUGCAAUCGAUAAUCGUGGCUGAAGGCCAACAGAAAUAUCCAAAGUGAAUUAAUCAAAAUAAUGAAUAAUGAAACGAUCGCGAUUCUGGUCACGAUUGAUUUAAUAAGCUAAUGGAAUGGUAAUAUUGAUAAAUGUAUAUUUACUAAUGAAUCGAACGAAUUACUAAUUACGAGGUGUAUCGUCGACUACCCGAGCAUGAUUUACUUUCGGCGCAACUUUUGUUUCGUCUGACAAUUUGGAACGCGCUCGUAAAUGCUCGUGGUAAUAAAUAAAACGUAUCUACUACACAGUAUACUCUGUAAAUAAUGCGUAACAUAUCUGUGCAUGAAUCUCAAUCUAAAAAUGGAAGUUUAACACGUUGGCUGGCAGGCUAAAAAUAAUGAAAAAGUUCAAAUUUUCUCUCGAGAGUAUUACAGAUUAAAUAAUUUAAUAUCUGUCGUAGUAUUUAAUAUUUUAAGGUCUCCAGAUUCAUAAAUCCAAAUUUAUUUUUAUUGAUUCCACGCCGUUGGAAUUAAUUUUUGUACGUUCUGUCACCCGUUUCUCGCGACCAACGUGUUGAAUAAAACGAUACAAGAAGAAUAAACGAACGUUCAAGUUGAGUCUGUACUUUUCUGUGUUAAAAUGUUUCUUCCGUGAUCACGGAGAGCAGGGCACUGUCUGACAGUGUCGUUGGGGCGUACGGCUUCCAUUUUGGAAAACACUACCCUUAAGCCUUUAGAGCGGUUUAGCGUCGCGCGUCACACGUGGGAACGCAGCCACUGGCGACGGGUUAACCAAUUACGAAAGUAAUCAAAGUAUAAUCCAACUCAGUUACGUAACCAGACACGAAUGCGUUAACGAAUUUGAACGCGGUCCCGAUGGAUUCGAGGAUGCUGGAGACUCGGGGGCAUGCCCGUAAAUCAGUGUCGUUGAUCGCUCGAGUUGCCCGAACUCUGGACCAGCGUUUCUCAACUUUAGCACCUCGUGACCCCCUCGAUUGUAUUAUACGUAUCAAUGAUCACAGCUUCCCCUCAUUUCUACUUAUUACACUAAUUCUGGGACAUCCUGUAUAUUUAAUAAACAGAACGAGUACACGCUUCGACGGUCGAUCGGUAACUAACUUCGAACAGCAGUGACCACGCAGAGAGAAAAAAGCAAAACAAACACGCUCAGCGUUUGUUCUACAUAUACAUAUACAUAGGUAUACGAAUAGAAGAACCAAUACAAAAUUUAUUUUCGGUCGCUUAAAGCGUAGAAAGUAAUUAAAACUAAGUUAAGCGAGAUUUAUUUUGCACGUUUGAGCUGGCAAAUCGGAAAACUUGCAUUUUAUUCCUCGUUUAAUUGCGUCUAUCGCUCGUGGUCCCCAAGAAACACAGCGUGGCCCACCGAGGGGGCCAUGUGGCUCCCGUUGAGAGACCCGAGCAGUCAGUCGAGCUGCGAGCGUCGACCGCGAAGGUUCCUGUGCCACGCAGGUGUGAACCGCUUCUCGCGUUUUCUCCAUGUCGUGCCAGGGCGAUCGACACCGAUGGAUCGUUCGAGAAAAGAAAACGACAUGCUCUCGGCGCAAUCGACCCCCCAUGGGAACAAACCACUCUCCCUCGAUCUCGAUCUGGACUUUUUCGAGAGGAAAGGAGGCGAGUCGAUAUCCUGUGAAAACGCCGAAAGCGGAUCGAAAGAGGAAGAAAGCCCCGCAGACACUCUGGAUCGUGUCAAAGUUGUGUUUCUCGGUGCACCUGGGGUGGGAAAGUCCAGCAUAAUUAGGCAAUUCGUGUGGAGCGAAUUCUCCGAGGAGUACAUGCAGACCGAGCGCAGGGAGACUUUUUACCCUAGCGUGGUACUCGCCAAUCGAUUGUACGAGCUGAAAAUCACCGAUCUACCGAUGAUCCCGUACUUUCCAGUCAGCUCGCACCUCGAGUGGACGGACUUCCGUUACUACGGGUUACGAAGUGCCAACGCCUACGUGCUCGUGUUCGAUCUCAGCAAUCAGGACACGUUUCAGUACAUUAGAACGUUACGAGAGCAAAUCUACGAAUCCAGAGACAUGAGGGGUGUGCCGUUAUUAGUGGUCGGGAACAAGCAAGACGAAUUGUCGCCUGCGACUGCUUCAGGGACUAAGUACAGGGACAUCGUCAAUCUAGUCCGGAAGCACUGGCGGUGCGGCUACGUCGAGUGCAGCGCAAGAUUUAACUGCCACGUCGUACAGGUGUUCCGAGAAUUAAUGAAGAGCAUCCAGGCGGUCGAAGGUAGACCACCCUCUCCCACGUCUGCACCCUCGCAGCCGUUGCGGUCACAUCCCCACGACACCAGCGCAAAGUGUAUUCUUCUCUGAC